UUGGUUUUGGUUUUUGUUUUUGUUUUUGUUUUUCGAGACAGGGUUUCUCUGUGUAGCUUUGCGCCUUUCCUGGGACUCGCUUGGUAGCCCAGGCUGGCCUCGAACUCACAGAGAUCCGCCUGGCUCUGCCUCCCGAGUGCUGGGAUUAAAGGCGUGCGCCACCACCGCCCGGCCGAGCCACACCAGGUUUAACAGGUGGUUCCUACCUAGGUGAGCAUAUUUGCAAACAGACAGAGUUGGGUGCAGCCUACCUAAAUUAAAUGCCAAUGCUUUGCAAACCUAAAGGUUUAGGUUGUAAUCUCAUAGAGAACCCAGCUCUUCAUAUAAUUUAAAUGCAGAUGUAAUUUCUGUGUUAUAUAAAUAGAAUUGUGUCAUUUUCAUAGCCAUUAGUAACAAUUCUUGGUUUCAGAUGUGAACAUGAUGAUUUGGCAAAUUACAACUGAAGUGGGAGUAGUUCAAAAUGAGUUUGAGAUAGAGCAAAUGUUGGAAUAUUCUACAAUAGGAGCAGACGCACCCCAUAAUCAUCUGUGUAGCUAAUUACAAAUGCAAAAGUACGUUUAGAUGCAGAGUGCUAAGGAGAUGAAGUGUGUGCUGCUGUAGCCAAGCUAGUUGAUGUUUUGUUGGCAAGGCUUCCACCAAGUAGAGGAACACUGGGUUCUCAAGUACUGAAGGAUCUUUAUCUGUCCUGUCCUUUUACACUUAGUGUCGUGGGCUUGGAAAAGAUAGAAUAAGACCAUAGUUCAGUUCUCAUAUUUCAGUACUUGCAGGAACAUCUGAGAAUUAUUUAUUUAUACACAGAUUGAAAGUAGGACUAGGAUGAGGGCUGAAAAUUCCUCCCUGUAUAUGUCUAGUAAUCUAACUUCUCUAAAGCUUCAUUUAUCUUAAUUAUUCUAAAUACAUCGUGUUGCCUGUCCCCUGCCACAGCCCACAGAGCUGCUAGUACAUUUAGCAGAGUGUUGUAAGAUAGCAGUUCCUCAGAAUCUUCAGCUGUGGGACAAACUCCUCAUCCCCACCCAAUAUUCCAUGAUCCCAGUGCACACUGAUUCCUAAACCUAUUGCUUUGGAUUUAUUUAGGAUAAAUGGUUGUGGUGGGGGAUGAAGAAAGGAACAGAAAUGGGAAAGCUUUUAGAUUACAUCAUAAGUGCUCACAAGGGAGUAGAGGGAGAUGGAUAGAGGGUAGGAAGACCUGUCAGUUAUGUCAGCUGCAAUAUAGAUCAAACAAAGUGGGCUGAUAACAGGAUUCCUUGAGCAAAAGUUGACUGUUAGAGAAGGCAGUAAGAGCCUGGAUAAAGGCAGCAGCCAUAGCAGAGAAGCAAUUAGGAAGCCUGUGUUUAUGAAGUGGUGUAUGUCACCCAUUGGGGACAGCAAUUGGCAUUGAAUAGUGACAUCCAAACCGAAGUUUUGGAGACAUCUGAGGUGGAUUGGAUUGGUAAAUUUAAGUUCUUUUUAUUUGACAUGUGGAAAAUAUUUAUUCAGGUUGCUUUUUUAAACCUUCAGUAUGUAUUAAUGGGUAAGUCUCAUGUUAUCAUUGUAUGUUUCCAGCUAGUAUAGCAAAUACAUUGCUCUCGACUGCAGCACCGCACCCAAGCCUGAUCUCAGUGUUAGUCCUCAGGCCAAUCUUGUGCAAGGAUUCUCUGAUUGCAAAUGUCAUUUUCUUUAGGAUGCUUCUCUUGAUUCAGCCAACCCACCAGGGUACACCAGGGUACUUCAGAAAUGCCUUUUUUUGUAAUAAUCACCAAAUUUCAUUGAUGUUUAUUUAGCAUUUUCCCCUUUUUGAUCCAAAUAUCAAUUUCUCUGUGCAACAAUUUCAUUGUCUUUUUGUUUUCCACUUGCAUCUUGAACAAUCCCAAUAAGAAAAGAUUUUUUUCUUCUUUAAAAAUAUAACAUAUAGUAUUGUUUGGACUGUUUGAUUGAAACUAAGCAGACCAAGAGACUGGAAAUAUUUGUGGAAUCUUCUCAGAAGUCAGUUUCCAAAAAAAAAAAAAAAAAAAAAAAAAACCCAAGAUUUUGAGCUGCCAAAGUGUUCAGAACCAUAUCUUUUAUGCUAGCCUGUGACAGUUUAUGAAUCUGAAAAUAUCUUUAACACUUUUUCAAAAAAUCUGCAGGUAUUCUUCAAAAGCACUUAUCAUUCUUUGAAUAGAAGAUUCAAUUGAAGAACAGUUUCUUUCAUUUAGUGGGGUGGUUUGUACUUUAAAUUUUCUGACAGGUUUUCAUGACAGCUCUCAAAUGGAAGCUUGAAUUCUCUUGUCAUAGCUUUUAAAGUCAGACAGUCAGUCUCUCUCUCUCUCUCUCUCUCUCUCUCUCUCUCUCUCUCUCUCUCUCUCUCUCUCUCUCUCUCUGCUGUGAUCUUUUCACAUUUUAUAUCUCCUGUUGACCCUAAAGAUAGAAAAAAGAAUAUAGACAGACCUUUGCUUCUGAAGGCUGCAGUCCAGCAACAGAGAUGAUUCACUGCUGAAUUCUCAAGGAAAGCAUUAUUGAAAGAAAUGUGGCAAAAUUUUGCUAAUUUUCACUUCACAUUUGAAAUCACUUUUGUUCUCAGGAGAACAAGAACACCUGGUAGAUUUUAAAUCCCUAUCAGCAAAUAUUAGUAGCUGCAAAAUGACACUGACUAUUUUGUAUGAAAAAGUUUUGAAAUAGAUAAACCCAGGAGAACAACAUAAUUGCAAAACAGUUUCUUCAUUAUUUUUUAAUGACUUUGCUAUUCUGGCUAGCCAGUGUGCUCUAGGGAUCCUCUGUCUCUGUUUCUUAGCAUUAAGAUUGCAUGUACUCUUCAUGCUUUUGUAGCAAGCACUUUAUUCGCUGUUCUAUUUCACUAGUCCAUAUUUUAAAUUGCCAUAUAUGAUGGAUAGACCCUCUUAGAGUCUUUAAGCAAUCAGGAGUGGUUAUAGUUGUUAAUUAUAAACUCUCUUUGAAGGUCUUUAUCUUGGGAGUUUGACUUUCAAUUAUAAUAGAACAUUCAUUUGUGUUGUUGAAAUUUCAUUCCCUUAUGGAAAUAAAAUUGUUGUCACUAUCAAAACGAAAUUAUCUGCUCUGUUUAUUCAGAAAGACAAAGUGAAAAGUCAGAGACACAUUUGCUGUCACCCACUUGUUAGACACAGAUAUGGUCAAACUAAUCUUUAAAAUUAUAAUAACACGCAAAGUCAGAUACAUCAGACUCUAUCAGCAAAUACUCACAAGUAAAGCUUGUAUAUCAAAGACUGGAGCUUUUAGAGACUCUCCUGGGGUUUGGUAUACUCUACCAUCUAUUGAUCCCUAGUGCCUUAGGUGACUUGUCAAAGGAGUGCUACCUUUAUCAGGAGUAGGCAAGGAGGCCCAAGAGGAGCUAUUCAGCUAAAGGUCAAGGAAGCAAUUAAUGUCUGCUUUUUCCUAAAUAAUUUCUGCAGCGAAUGUUGACACCAUCACCCUGUCAAUCUUAGCACACCAAGUGCAUACAGAGAGGUGAAAGUUAGAGUUCAACAAAACAUUACCAGUAUCAUUUGGUUCCUGAAUGCAAAUGCUUAUGGCUGCUUAAGGAGAGUUUCAGAUAAAUGUUUUGAAGGACACUGCUCUUCCUGAAGAAUACCCAUUUUUCAUCUUUCUGCUUUCUCUGCAUCUCUAAGGACCAAUGUUUGUGGGAGAAGGAGAGUGGGUGGUUGAUGUUACGAUGUUAUGUCUAGUACCAAAAUAACAACAUAAAGACACGUGACUAUAAACAGUGCAGGAGUAUAUUAUUGAGUAGAAUUAAAUAUCCUUGUUUUUAUGAAUAACCAGAGGUCAUAAAGUAUAGGUUACUAUACAUUACCAAGACACUUGGAGUUGUACUGUGAAGUUGCUAUAGAAUCAAGAUCUUAUACUCCCACCAAUCUUUCUUUUAACCCAGUCGAACCCAGUGAUGGCUCUCAAGACUUGUUUUUAAAAGCCAUAUCAAUUAUUUUGUGCUUCAUUUAGUGUUGCAGAAAUAGAUGGUGGUGGUAUCAACUUCAGUAAACAUCAAAGAGAUGGUGAAGGCCUGACAUAUGAAGAGUUAAGUUAAACUAUGAAAUACUUCUGUUCUUACAUUUUUUAAAUUGAAGGUAGGAGUGAAAUGAGUAUGCCACAGUCUAGGUGUGGAAUGAAGGUCAGAGGACAACUUGGGGGAGUCAGCUCUUUCCUUCUACCAUAUUCAGUCUAGAGACUAAAUUUGGGCCCUCAAUUUGGCAGCAAGCUCCUUUACCCACUGAACCAUCUUGUCCCUAUCAAGAAUUUUUAAAUAGUUUGCUAGUUUAUUUCAUCUAAAGUCAACGAGCAUUCAACAAUACCUUGAACUGAGAAGGGCUGUAUUUCCAUCAGGUUUUUCUUUUUUUAGUACUUAAAAUAUAUAUUUUUUAUUACUUUCUGUAAACAUGCAAAACAAUGAGUUCCUUUUUGAUAUUCUCUUGCCUGCACCGUAUUCAACUCAUAUCCUUCCAUAUCACCUUUCCUUGGCUCCCUUCUCCGCACUUCUUUCCUUUCAUAUUCCCAAGCAGUCCCUUAUCUAGAGUCCACAUAUAGAAUAUAACAUAAAAUAUUUGCCUUUCUUUUCAUUCUUCUUUUCCUCUUCCAUUAGUCCGUCCUCCUUUCACACAGUCUCUCUUCUACUUUCAUAUCUAACAAUCUAGGAAAUCUUGAUUAAAUCUUAAAUCUAGACUCCUCACAUGAGGAAAAGCAUGCAAUAUUUACCUCAUGGUCCUGGCUUAUUUCAUUUAGCAUGAUUAAAACCAGUGCUGUUUUUUGUUUGUUUGUUUGUUUGUAUGUUUGUUUCCUUGCAGAGAUCAGAGAAGGUGAUGAUGACGGGCAGGUGGUUGCAGAGAUCAUGGCAAGAAGUUUUAUUCCGACUCUGAUAACAACUAUUUCUUGGGAAGGCUUUUACUUUGCUGGUCAUGAGAUUCGGAUUACUGAAGCCAAAGAUUGUUACGGUGCUGUUGUCUGGCCAUCGGCCCUUGUUCUAUGCUAUUUCCUGGAAACACAUGCCAAGCAAUAUAACAUGGUUGAUAAAAAUGUGAUUGAAAUUGGAGCUGGGACAGGGCUUGUCUCCAUUGUGGCAAGUUUACUUGGUGCUCGAGUGACUGCUACAGAUUUACCUGAAUUACUUGGAAACCUGCAAUAUAAUAUUUCCAGAAACACCAAAAUGAAAUGCAAGCAUUUGCCCCAGGUUAAAGAGCUCUGCUGGGGAGUAGCAUUAGACAGGAACUUCCCCAGAUCUUCCAAUAACUUUGACUACAUCCUGGCAGCAGAUGUUGUCUAUGCCCAUCCUUUCCUGGAGGAGCUUCUCAUGACCUUUGACCAUCUCUGCAGAGAAACUACCAUCAUCAUCUGGGCCAUGAGAUUCAGGCUGGAGAAAGAAAACAAAUUUGUAGAUAGAUUUAAGGAACUGUUUGACCUGGAGGAAAUUUCUAGUUUCCCUAGCCUGAAUAUUAAGUUGUACAAAGCUAUGAAGAAAAAUCGGAGGAGUGCAUAGUGCAUAUUGUCUGUGAAUUAGGAUGUGGGAAUCUCAAGGUAGUUUCUAGUAGAUCAUUACUUUAAAGAAAACACAUACACACACACCACUGUAAGAAUAAAAAUUAACUCUAAACUUGUCUUAUUUUAAGCAAGAAUUUUUACACACACAGUAGGUGCAUUUGUAAGAUUAGGAUAAUUUGUUCCCAAGUCUGUCUGCUUGGUACUCUAAUUACAUGGUAACAAACUUUCAGUAACACCAUGCAGUGUCAUCAGAGCAAAAUGGUAGUUUUCAAUAAUGAUAUCUCUAACUGAAUGUUAUUAAUUUCAUUUUUGAAAUUAAUACAUUUUUGAGAAUGUAUUUUAGAUUGGCCUUGAACUUGAGGUCUUACCUCAACAUCCUGAGUGCUAGCACUCCAGGUGUGUAACCACCACACCCAUCCAUAUUGUUAAUACUUUUAAAUAUAGGCUUAAGAGGUUUUAUCUUUAGAGAUUAAGAAACUGACUGUAGUAAAUUUAAAAAGUCAAAUAUAUGAUGUAUUGGUCAGUGCUAGGUGUCUGUGGUUCCCACCAGUGCCAGUUUAGAGGGUGGCUGUCAUUUCUGCUUGGCAGUUUGGACCUCUAGCAUAACUACUGAAUCAACCAAGCAUGUGGAAUAUUUCCCUCUGUUUAUAUGAGUGGAAAGAGCAUAAGAAUACCUGAGAUUAGUACUUGUUUUUGUAAGCAAAGUAAAAUUCAUUUUUUUUCACAGAAAUGGAAAUAAUUAUGAGAACUUUGGGUUAGAAGUAUAUAAAAAGAUUUAGCUUCCUAUCUCAAAUAAGUAGACAUGGUUUAACAGAUAUACCUAGAUAUUUGAAGUUGUUAGGGUCCUGGAGAAGUCCCACAAAAGACCAUCAUCCAUGUAUGCAAUUAGCAAGAGUGUUUAUUAUCUUGAGAAAGAUUCCAGUAUACUGGGGCUAACCAUCCCACACAAAGGCAAAAUGGCGAUGACCCUGAGAGAAGCUUGAGGCUCCUUUUAAGCAUAGCCAAGGGGAGAUCCUAGGGCAGUUAGGUCACUUUAGCUAUGAUUGGCUUAAGCAAGUAACAAUCAUUUUAGUACGUUCUAAUUGGCUAGGGCUGAUGGGUGGUCAGGCCGUUUUUGAGCAGGCAUGGACAAGUCCCAGGCUUUGUCCUUAUUUGAUUAUCACCUUGAGCUUGUUGACUGUGGCUCAGGCCUGGCCUGACCUGGUACUCCAUGUACCAGGAAGGCCUCCUCACCCUUGGUCUUGGGGGGUGGGGGGGGGGAGUGUUGGAGAUUGUUUGUACUUGUUUGUGGCUCUUUCAGUAACUCCUUGUUCAGUCUCAGGAAACUGAAAUUGAGGCCUGAUAUCUGAGAGGAGACUGAGCAACCUGUUAUGGUGUCUACUUGGUCCUCUCAAAAUCAUCUCAGAUUUUUUUCACUUAGAAAUUAGAAUAAGGUUUAAAGUAAUUAAAGUCAGUGUGGAUAGAGUAAAGAAUUAGGCCUUUAUGCCAUGUGACUGCCUGGACUGUGUUGCUGGCAACACACUGAAGUGUCCUCAGCUAGGCUGUUAUGUGCCCUUGGUGAUACUUGCUCCUCCAGGGUUAGCACUUUCUGAACAAUGUCAUGGUCCAAGACAUCUCCGAUUAUCUCCUGGACCCUGCACUGUAAGUUAGAAUGCAGGCACACUUCAGUAUAACUCUUGGUGCAUGGGUUUUCUAAGGAUCAUACCACAUCAGUUUUCUCUUUGCAUGACUAUUUGUCCUUCUCAUGUUUAUUUAGUGUUCAGCAUGCACAGGACAGUGAUAUCAUUAUUCUCUCUUCACAGAUAAGAACAAAGGCCCAGGUUACACAGCUAUGGGGUUAAAUAUAGAGACAGUCAAACCCAGGUCCGUUUGAGCACAGAAUCUGCAUUUAUAAUUACAGUACUGUCUUUAUGCAUUGAAAAAAGUAACUUUCAAACACUUUAAACAACUGAGGUCAGUUCUUCAAAAUGAAUAGAUACUCAGAAAGAAUAACAAAUAUAUUUAAAAAUGAGACCUAUUCCUCUUAACACUGUCCCUAGACUUUCUACCCAUGGGAGGAGACAUCACAGAAGGCUGUGGUGGAAGGUACACCUGUGGUGUGGUAAAGGAGCAGAUAGAGACUGGUGAGGUCUGAAGUAAGAGACACACCAGGAAGUAGAUUAUGGAGGUCCUGUGCCAUGGCCUAGGAUCUCCAAAUACAGGUUCUGGGAGUGAAUACUACGUGGAGUCCUUAGUUAGGUUGUGCAGCCAUUGGUUAAGUUGUGCAGCCAUUGGUUACACUGUGUGGUCAUUGGUUAAGCUGUAUGGUUGCGAUGGAGAAUUGAAGAAGAGAAUAAAGGCCAGUCUAGCUGACCCAUUCAGUACUAGACUUUGACUGGCCUGUUUCAGGGUAUUUCUGAUUGGAGUAAGGCAUUUGGGUCUUUAUAUGUUCCUGUAUCUGUCCUGGGAAGACUGUUUGGAGGAUGGUGGUGGCUGUGAUCUGUCUGCCUGCAGCAUUUACAGUUACCUGGUGAAAAAGUUAUUCUGAACUUAUCUGAGCAGUUCGUUACUGUGUCCACCACAUCAUUUCAGGCUCCUCAAAGAAUUCUAGCUCUUUUUUUUUUUUUGUCUACUGAAAUAGAGAGCCACUGGAUAAUUCUAAGUAAAGGAAUGGAAUAACGUUAUAGCCUGUAAAGACUUCUUGGCCUGGUGUUCUGAGAAUGGGAUCUCAAAGUCAAGGGACCAACUGGGAGCUGUGGCAGCCAUCCAAGCAAAGGACAGCAAGAAGUCUACACGGGGGAGGUGAGAUCAGCUAUUCUAGCUGUACUCUGAAGCCAGAGGCAGCAGAGUGUUCUACCAAGUGGGGUGUGGAAUGUGAGCAAGAAAGCCAGGGCUGACUCUGAAAUAUCCUUGUGAGCUCUAGAAUAUGAACUUAGCUUUCGGUUCAGAGAAGGCUUAUGAAGCCCUUUUACAGAGCAAGAAGGAAUAAAAGGACUGAGCCCUGAGGUUCACCAGCAUUAGGGAUCAGACAGACAUUUUCAGAAUUUUUUGGAGGCUAUGUGCCUUUCCUCGGUUGUAGCUGAAUAUGUGGAUCCUGAAAAAUGUGAGUUUGAUGGCACAGCCUUCUAGAACCUGUCACUGGACUUGCUAAAUUUCUAAAAGUUGCCUCAGAGGAGUCUAAAGGGCUGAAUAUCAUAGGUCUGGCAGCAAAGAACUUGGUAUAAUAAGUUGCGGGGGGGAAAACCCACCUUGACUCUUGUUAAAAAAGUGUUUGAAUAUCAUUGUGAAGUAAUUUUUUAAGUAGGGAAGAUAAAGUGUCCUCUCAAAGACUGUUGGGACCAAACCAACCAUUUGGCUCCUUAAAGUUAUUCUUUUUCAAACACAUCCAUACCCAUUGUCUUACUCUGUUUAUAGGUUUUACUUGAGAAUUCUAACACCACCCUCUCUAAUGGUACCUCUGUCCUUCUACUUCACUCUGUGUUUUGUCUGAUCUUCUUCCUGUUUUGUUUUUGUUUUUUCCUGCAACCUCUCCAUGUUUUUAUAGUAAUUCAGUUUCAAAAGAUGUAAUUUGUAGAGCCUUUUCUGUCUCACAAUUCUUCUUUUAAAAAUUUGUAGGAAUCCAUUUGUUGACUUCAAUCACAACUUCUGUUGUGAAGUUUGAGACAAGUGAGAUUAUGUUUUUAAUGAUAUAAUUUUUUCAAUAACUCUUUGAAUUUCUAGUUGAAUGGAGUGCUAGAUAUCAAGGUUUUAAUUCAGAUGGUUGCAGAAUAAUUUUUGCUUCAGAGAUGACAAACUGACCUGUAAGUAAUGUUCUUUGACAGCUUAAAAUGACACAUUGGCAAUCAUGAAAGUGGCUUCCCAGACAAGUUUUAAUAUAAAAUCCUGUCUUAGAA